UUGCACGACCGGCCGUUUGGGCUAUCAAGAUGCAUUCUCCUUUCGACACGUGUCCCCCCGCACGGAUACCAGAGCAAAAUUCCGUCGUAUUUACAUACGCUUCUCGAAUCCGCUCUCUCCGUCACCGUCGCCUCCUCCUCCUCCUCGUCCGUCCAUUUUCAGUUUUGGUCGGGAAAAUUUAAUGCGAUACUGUUGAUGACCAUGUCCGUUGCUGAUCGUCGCAAGCUCUUCACGUUGUGUUCGAUGUGGCAAUCGGGGAAUACUUCGUCUUCUUCGUCCUCCACUCAGAAUCUUCAUCAUAGUAUCCAUGGCCCUAGUGAUAGAAACUUAACUGCGUCGAAUAAUAUGAAAACUUCAUCGUCUUCCAAGACGGUGUCCUCUGUGGCGAAGUCGCUGUUGCCUCCUCGCCGUCGGCUUCGGCUUGAUCCUAACAAUUGCUUGUUCUUCCCUUAUGAACCCGGGAAGCAGGUAAAGAGCGCCAUCAGGUUGAAGAACACGAGCAGAUCUCAUGUAGCUUUCAAGUUCCAAACUACCGCCCCCAAGAGCUGUUAUAUGCGGCCUCCUGGUGGUAUUCUGGCUCCAGGAGAAAAUUUUAUUGCUACUGUCUUCAGAUUUGUUGAGCAGCCCGAGAAUAAUGAAAAGCCAAUGGACCAGAAGAGCAAAAUUAAGUUUAAGAUCAUGAGCCUUAAAGUGAAAGCAGGAAUCGAAUACGUACCCGAGCUGUUUGAUGAACAGAAGGACCAAGUAACAGUUGAGCAAAUUUUGCGGGUCGUAUUUGUAGAUCCAGAGCGACCUAGUGCUGCUCUUGAAAAACUAAAACGUCAAUUGGCCGAAGCGGAGGCUGCACUUGAAGCACGCAAGAAACCUCCAGCAGAAACAGGUCCCCAGGUUGUAGGGGAAGGCCUUGUGAUAGAUGAAUGGAAAGAAAGAAGGGAGAAAUACCUUGCUCGUCAACAAGUUGUGUAAAGUUAGAUUUACUGUUGCAUUACACACUUUUCCAGUGGUAAAUCUGUACAGGUAUUACCAUCUUCAAUCCCUGGAUAUCUGUAAGAUGAAAGGAGUUAGUUGGAAUGUUCAUCGAGCGGAAAAAUAAUACGACAUCGACGUUGACGUCAGUGUUGUUACUUAUGAAAUGAGCUGCAGGAAAGUUGAAGAACUCGAUCGAGAGUCGAAUGCUAUGCCGCUCAUCGUAGAUGAUGAAUUCUGGUUGUGAAAAUAAAUGUACCUGAGCUUAUGAUCAUAAGAUUUCGAAGUUUUGGAUGGAUAAGGUGUAGAACUAAUUAAUGUGGUGAAAGAUGUUUUUGCAGAAAUUACAUACUUUGAGGUUAAAUCUGGGUGAUGCUUCUCUUAUUUAAUCAAGAAGCAGGCCAGGUUAUACAAUGUUUGUAUGGCUUACUAUGCGGCAACUAUUUCAUUUUUUUA